UUCGUCGACCUCUCUUUAUCUCUUCCUCUCUGAUAGAACCAGGGUGACUGCGCCGUGAACGCGCACGGACCAGUGGGGCUCGCGGAGGAGCCGUGAGUGUGCGCGGCUGCUGCAACUUGACAGUUAACGUUUGCUAUUUAUCCGGAGGUGUUUACUCUAAACAAGGUUCCAGCAGCAGGGGGCUGAGCAGAAGGCUGUGCUGUGUGGCAGAGGACGGGGGCAGAGAGCGCUGGCCCCUGGGGCUCCUGGCUAACGAUGGACAACACCUCUCUUGGCAAAGUGAGUGGCUCCACCGAAUCAGUGGCCACUGUCACCAGCGAGGAGUUUGUGCUGGUGCAGCCGUCUACCGGAGGAUCCCCCUCGGGCUCAGAGGGCAAGCCCAGACUCAAGAUGUCCUACAAUGGGAAGGAGCAGUUGGAGAGGGCCAUGGAGGAGCUGUUGGAUGACCACGUAGUGAUGGAGGACCGGAGUGGAGGAGCAGGAGAGGAGGGAACCGAGACGUUUUGCCACACAUUGAACUCCACAGCCCCCGGCCCACAGACACGACCCCAAGGCCUGGCGCUGUACUCCACACCUGCCGAGGUGUCAGUGUGUCCUGCAGCAGGCAGCCCACCAGUCCAGGAGGAGGACAGUGUUCAGUUCAGUAAGCUGUCCUACCUGGGCUGUACGUGGGUGAAGGCCCCACGCAGUGAGCCCGAGGCCCAGAGAGCCAUGACCACACUGCGGGCAGAGAGUGCCAUCCCCAUCCCCGUCACGCUCCAUGUGCCCAAUGUACCCGGGGGCUGCGUCAGGAUUGUGGACCAGGCAUCAGGCACGGAGAUCGCCUCCUUCCCCAUUUACAAGGUGCUGUUCUGCGCCCGGGGUCGGGAGGGCUCCAUCGAGAGUGACUGCUUCUCCUUCACUGAGAGCUACCGCAGCUCAGAGGACUUCCAGGUCCACGUCUUCUCUUGCCAUAUCAAGGAAGCUGUGAGUCGGAUCCUGUACAGUUUUUCCACAGCGUUCCGGCGCUCAUCUAAGCCAAACCCUGACGAGAGGGACUCGGCCCUGCCCCUCUCCCCCGACAGUGACCUCUUCACUUUCACCGUCUCACUGGAGGUCAAAGAGGAUGACAGCAAGGGCAAUUACAGCCCGGUUCCCAAGGACCGAGAGAAGUUCUUCUUCAAGCUGCGGCAGGGCUUUCAGAAGAAGGUGGUUGUUAUGGUCCAGCAGAUGAGCAACAAAGAGCUGGGCAUUGAGAGGUGUUUUGGGAUGUUGCUGAGCCCAGGCCAGAAGGUUCGGAACAGUGACAUGCACCUUCUAGACAUGGAGUCCAUGGGGAAGAGCUCGGAUGGAAAGUCCUAUGUGAUCACGGGAACCUGGAACCCCAACAUGGCUGCCUUCCAGGUGCUGAAUGAAGACACACCUAAAGACAAGCAGGUGUACAUGACUGUGGCCGUGGACCUGGUGGUGACUGAGGUGUUGGAGCCAGUGCGCUUCCUGCUGGAGACACUGGUGCGCGUCUACCCGGCCAACGAGCGCUUCUGGUACUUCAGCCGCAAGGCCUUCAGCGAGACCUUCUACCUCAAACUCAAACAGGGUGGUGAGAAGGAUGGCCAGGCUGAUUCCAUGUUGGAGGUAGUGAGCCUGCAGAAGGAGACUGAGAGGAACAAUUUGGGCCAUGUUGAGGAAGAGGAGCCUGAGGAAGAUAGCGACAGUGAGAUCUCCAGUGGGACCGGUGAUGUGUCCAAGGAUUGCCCUGAGAAGAUCUUAGAGUCCUGGGGUGCAAUCCUCAACAGAUGGCAUGGGAACUUGUCUGUGCGGCCUAAGGGCCUGACUGCGCUGGUGAAGCCUGGGGUCCCCGAGGCCCUCAGAGCUGAGGUCUGGCAGCUCCUCUCAGGCUGCCAGAGUGACCAGGCCCUGCUGGAGAAAUAUCGCAUCCUCAUCACCAAGGACUCUGCUCAGGACGGAGUGAUCACCAGAGACAUCCACCGCACCUUCCCCGCUCACGACUACUUCAAAGACACGGACGGAGACGGACAGGACUCCCUCUACAAGAUCUGUAAGGCCUAUUCAGUCUAUGACAAGGAGAUUGGUUACUGUCAGGGACAGUCCUUCCUGGCUGCAGUGCUGCUACUGCACAUGCCUGAGGAGCAGGCCUUCUGUGUGCUGGGGAGGAUAAUGUAUGAGUACGGCCUGAGGGAACUCUACAAGAACAACUUUGAGGAUCUGCACUGCAAGUUCUACCAGCUGGAACGACUGCUCCAGGAACAACUCCCAGAACUCUGGUCCCACUUCCAGGACCUCAAUCUGGAAGCUCACAUGUACGCCUCUCAGUGGUUCCUCACGCUCUUCACAGCCAAGUUCCCCCUCUGCAUGGUCUUUCACAUCACUGACCUGCUGUUGUGUGAGGGUCUGAACGUCAUCUUCAACGUGGCUCUGGCCCUCCUCAAGACGUCCAAGGAGGACCUACUUCAGACUGACUUUGAGGGGGCUCUGAAGUUCUUCCGGGUCCAGCUGCCCAAACGCUACAGGGCUGCAGAAAACGCCCGCAGGCUCAUGGAACAGGCCUGUAACAUCAAGGUUCCCACCAAGAAGCUGAAGAAGUUUGAGAAGGAGUACCAGACCCUGAGAGAGAGCCAGCUGCAGCAGGAGGACCCCAUCGACCGCUACCAGAGGGAGAACCGUCGGCUGCAGGAGGCCAGCAUGCGUCUGGAGCAGGAGAACGAUGACCUGGCCCAUGAGCUGGUGACCAGUAAGAUCGCCCUGCGGACCGACCUCGACCAGGCGGAAGACAAGGCAGACGUGCUGAACAAGGAGCUGCUCUGCACCAAACAGCGCCUGGUGGAGACGGAGGAGGAGAAGAGGAGGCAGGCGGAGGAAACGGCACAGAUUAAAGAGGUGUUCAGGAGAGAGCUGGAGAAAGCGGAGUCAGAGAUCAAGAAAACUACAGCUAUCAUCACCGAAUACAAACAGAUCUGUUCUCAUCUCAGCACCAGGCUAGAGAAGCAGCAGGCUGCCACCAAGGAGGAGCUGGACAUCAUCAAGAGUAAGGUGAUGGCGUGUGAACGCUGCAGGGAGGUGUUCAGUAAAGAAGGGCCUCUCCAGAUGCCCGCUCCCGGCAGAGACAACAGGAACAGUGAGCUGGACGAGGAGAAGGACUCCCUGAAGUCCCAGCUCAGAGAACUGGAGCUAGAGUUGGCCCAGACCAAACUACAGCUGGUAGAGGCCAAGUGUAAGAUCCAGGAAUUGGAGCACCAGAGGGGAGUCCUGAUGAACGAGAUCCAAGCGGCCAAAAAUUCCUGGUUCAGCAAGACCCUGGGCUCCCUGAAGAGCUCUACGGGCAGCACCUCCCAGCCCCCCUCCUCUCCCCUGUAGGCCUCUACACAGACCACCUUGGCUGGGGGGGGGUCUGGAGGUCCGGAGAAGAGUCUACAGUAUGCACAGGAGAGCUUAUGAACACUACCUGAAUAACACCUGAGACGAUGCACUAUUCCCUUUCCAGGGGUGGAAGACAGCCACAGGACAAAGCCAGCCCUCUACACAUCUUCCUCUCUCUCAAACUCACCCACUUUUCCACUGGACCAGCCAACCACCCUUCUUCACUAGAGCUUUGAAUGAAAAAUGACAUGUCGUCAUUCGUGUUGUGUGGAACCAAGAUGGAGAAUGACUGGUAAAUCUAGUGUGGGUUGUCAUUGACACUGUUGGCCGGGCUCCGAGCUGUCUUCAAAAAGCCAAUCAUUUUGUCUUUGAAGUGAGAGAUUAGCGGAGUACUAUAGGAACUCUGGUCCUUAUAACGCCACGGUGGACAUUCAAUAAAACCGCUCUGCCCACUGGUGAUAUAUUGCUACUGCUGAGUGACAAAAAUAUAUAUAGCCUAUCAGCAGGUUAUGUGGCUAACUGAUAUUAUGAGAAAUAUUAAGUGCUCUAGCAGUCUUGACUCUGACUUGUAAGGAUCACGCGACAGCUACAGGCAGUAGUUCACAGGCGAGGAAUACGUAUUUGCUGCUUAAAAAAGGCAACUACUACAGGACACAUCUUCCGCAUAACACAUCUUUACGGCUCAAUGAAAGGGGCGUACUGCAUUCAGAAUCUAAAAACUACAUCUUGUUUGUCCUUUAUAGUAAUAUUACGUAAACUAUGUUGUCCUAUAAAUGUGUAUAACUCAUUAUUGAUCUUUUUUUUAAUCUUGUACAGUUCUAAAACAAAUAAGAAACGAUAAGAAAAAAAUAAUAAUUUGGAAUUUGAAUGUGGAGGUAAUUAAGCACAGUGUGAAAGAUCUGGGUCAAGUUCAAAUGUCGGGAGAACCAAAGUGACAUUCCUACUGGACUGUUUCAUUCCUGCUUCUAUAACACCAUAGCCUGGUUCAAUCAGACUGAACACUGGGCUCACUAUUGUUUUUAAAGGUGCAGCGUAGUCUUCAAUAUGGUUUAACCGGGCUAAAAACUCAAAGGUAUACCUAAAGCCUAUCCACCACAUUAGGACCUACUGAGCUACUUAUUCCACUGGACUGAGCUCAAAUUUCAACUUCAAGUCAUCGUGUGUCACUCAAGUCCUUGCACAGAUCGUUCCAUUAAUCAGAGUGAAGCAUGAACCAAUCCUGAAGACAGGAGGUAACCUCAUUCUAACCUAAUGUUUAUGAAGGGCUCCCCCAUCUCUCUUCUAUUGUUAGCAGUCAUUGGAGUGCUCCAUCUAUGCUACUUGGCUGCUUUAACUGUCUCCAUUUAACUCAGCCUAACUGCAUCUUUACAAACCCUGACACUCACCUAACCAUAACUUGUAAAGUGCGGUAGUUGAAUAUAGAACAGACAUGGCUCCCAAUAACAUAUGAAAUGUCAUGAUGAACCAAUGAAAUGGCAGAAUAGAAGGGCAUUCUUAUAAAAAAAGACUGAGACCGUGAGGUGUGCAACAAGUAAUUGAACAUUCCAAAAUGUCUAUCCAAGCCAAGGUGCCCAUGAGGGUUAAUAUAUGAUGGAAAGACUCAAUGGCCAUGCAGUAUAACAUAUGAUGGAAAGACUCAAUGGCCAUGCAGUAUAAUAUAUGAUGGAAAGACUCAAUGGCCAUGCAGUAUAACAUAUGAUGGAAAGACUCAAUGGCCAUGCAGUAUAACAUAUGAUGGAAAGACUCAAUGGCCAUGCAGUAUAACAUAUGAUGGAAAGACUCAAUGGCCAUGCAGUAUAAUAUAUGAUGGAAAGACUCAAUGGCCAUGCAGUAUAACAUAUGAUGGAAAGACUCAAUGGCCAUGCAGUAUAACAUAUGAUGGAAAGACUCAAUGGCCAUGCAGUAUAACAUAUGAUGGAAAGACUCAAUGGCCAUGCAGUAUAACAUAUGAUGGAAAGACUCAAUGGCCAUGCAGUAUAACAUAUGAUGGAAAGACUCAAUGGCCAUGCAGUAUAACAUAUGAUGGAAAGACUCAAUGGCCAUGCAGUAUAACAUAUGAUGGAAAGACUCAAUGGCCAUGCAGUAUAACAUAUGAUGGAAAGACUCAAUGGCCAUGCAGUAUAACAUAUGAUGGAAAGACUCAAUGGCCAUGCAGUAUAACAUAUGAUGGAAAGACUCAAUGGCCAUGCAGUAUAACAUAUGAUGGAAAGACUCAAUGGCCAUGCAGUAUAACAUAUGAUGGAAAGACUCAAUGGCCAUGCAGUAUAACAUAUGAUGGAAAGACUCAAUGGCCAUGCAGUAUAAUAUAUGAUGGAAAGACUCAAUGGCCAUGCAGUAUAACAUAUGAUGGAAAGACUCAAUGGCCAUGCAGUAUAACAUAUGAUGGAAAGACUCAAUGGCCAUGCAGUAUAACAUAUGAUGGAAAGACUCAAUGGCCAUGCAGUAUAAUAUAUGAUGGAAAGACUCAAUGGCCAUGCAGUAUAAUAUAUGAUGGAAAGACUCAAUGGCCAUGCAGUAUAAUAUAUGAUGGAAAGACUCAAUGGCCAUGCAGUAUAACAUAUGAUGGAAAGACUCAAUGGCCAUGCAGUAUAACAUAUGAUGGAAAGACUCAAUGGCCAUGCAGUAUAAUAUAUGAUGGAAAGACUCAAUGGCCAUGCAGUAUAACAUAUGAUGGAAAGACUCAAUGGCCAUGCAGUAUAACAUAUGAUGGAAAGACUCAAUGGCCAUGCAGUAUAACAUAUGAUGGAAAGACUCAAUGGCCAUGCAGUAUAACAUAUGAUGGAAAGACUCAAUGGCCAUGCAGUAUAACAUAUGAUGGAAAGACUCAAUGGCCAUGCAGUAUAACAUAUGAUGGAAAGACUCAAUGGCCAUGCAGUAUAACAUAUGAUGGAAAGACUCAAUGGCCAUGCAGUAUAACAUAUGAUGGAAAGACUCAAUGGCCAUGCAGUAUAACAUAUGAUGGAAAGACUCAAUGGCCAUGCAGUAUAACAUAUGAUGGAAAGACUCAAUGGCCAUGCAGUAUAACAUAUGAUGGAAAGACUCAAUGGCCAUGCAGUAUAACAUAUGAUGGAAAGACUCUCUCAAUAGCAAUGGGGAUUAACAUACAAUGGAAAGACAUUCAAUAGCAGCCCACUCAUUACACUCUGUUUUCUAGAGCCAUAUUAAUGCAUGUUUGUGCUGUGGACAGCUUCCAACAGACCUGCCAUGAACCACCGCUUUGGCCUCUAUUAGAAGCACUGUAGCGUUGGAUUCACCCUUUGGACAAAGACCGAGAGCACUUGUAUACCUAUACGUGUGUGUCCUGCACUGACUGGUUCCAGGUGAAAUGGUUUCUUCACAACUCAGUGACUGUUGUUGUCUAAGGCCCAGAACUAUGUUGAUGAAAUAAUUAGAAUUAAGCCAUCUCAAUAUAUUAUACUCUCAAAAGAUUGUCACCUGUGCUAUGGCAUUCCUGUCUGCCAUUUUAAGACCAGGAUGGAUGCGAGUAGGCAGGGACGCUACAGAUGGAUCCGGGGGUCACAUUUCUGAACCUGCUUCCUUUCCUUGUCUCCUUUCCUUUGUGACCACUGAUCUGAAAAACCGCAACAGUUGAAAGUAAUAUGAUGGAUGCCUGUCCAGGUGUUUCACAAUGGAAAGGCAGAGAAAUAAGGUAGCCAGUUAAGAAUAUUAGGACACAGCCAUGUUUUUAGGUGUGUUAAAUGGACAGCAUGUCUUUCAUAUGUGUCACAUGCUGUGUAAUGGUUUCAAAGUGCUUCAGCCAGAGUCCUAUCAAGAUUUACAAGGCUCAAGGCCUCUGUGUAUGUUUGCUAUGUGCACUAACAUUGCGUCAAUAUUUUAAACACUAUUUUAAGUUAAUUUGUACUCAUAAGUUAUUCAGAGAGCAAACCUACUUUCUACUUACUUUCUACUUACAAAAACCUACUUUCCUACUUACAAACCUACUUUUCUUCCUAAUUUUCUGUUGCUGAGAAGACAGUGGCCAAAUUAUAAUCCAACUACAACGAUGCAAAACAAAUAACUUCAGAUUCACAAUAUUGUACAGUUAUGCUAUACUUCAACAGUUGUUCUGCUUUAGUUUCCAACAUGGGGGAGUUGUCCUUCCCUGUUCCUCGUCAUUCCCAUGUGAAUCUGUGACAUGCUGUAACUCUAAUGGUAUUUUCUGCACAGUAAUCGUCUGACGUACAUCAAUAAAAUUCCGUUCUGUCCACUGA